AUGAGUAGUUUUCGUUCCAAAAGCGAAAAAAAGUCGAUUUGGGAACGAAUCACUGUAGAGCAGUUAGCUAUUGCUAUCGCUUCUGUCGGAGAUCGCUCUGACAAGUUGAAAAAAGAAACAUGGAGGCUGAAUGCGAAGACUUGUCAGGAAGAUUCUGUUUGGAGUGAACUUAUUGAUCGGUUAAAGCUGGAUCAAAGUGAAUGUACACGUCUUUCUCUUUACAACAUUUGGUGUCGUGGUCGAAACGAAAUUAAAUUUCUUGUCGAAAAACAGAAAGCCGGAACAGUAUCCGCACGUCAGCUUCGUGGUAAAAAUCGCAUCCUUGUCGGAAAGCAAGCAAACGAAAUCGGUCCGCUGGGAGUUUUUCGUGAACACGUCAAAGAUGCUAAUGAGAGUUUCCUCGCUGCGGGCAACUACACAGGAUGUGAAACAAUUGAAACUCUCAAGAAAGCCGCAUAUGAUUAUAGAAAAAAGAUGCAUGUUGAUGAAGACAUUUUCAAAGAAUGUCGAAUUAUUGCUCGUGCGUAUCUUGCGGCGGAUGUGACAUCCACUAAUGCUAAAGGAUAUGUUCGCGUUGUUGGUGAAACGCCGUUUCGUGUGCAUCUGUUUUCAGAAUCCCAAAUCGAACGAUAUAUCAGAUGUUGGAAUGUUCUGUGUGCAAUCAUUCGCAUUUUUUAUAAAUGGUGGGCAUAUUUACCGCUAUGGACAGGUUUGUUGUGGCAUUUCGAGGAGCGGUAUUCAAAUAAUAUUGAAAAGACGACACAACCAACAUACAAUCCUAUUCGUCACUCGAAUGCUCUAAUUGAAAGUUAUUUUCGUACAAUGAAAGGGAGUAUUUUUAAGGGAAAAACUCAUGUUCGACCAUCAGAUGUCAUCACCGAUCUAUAUCGAAGUGUUCAGGCGCAGUUCAAAGCUAGUAAAUUCAGUGUGACACAGAGUUCGAAGGGUAGAAAGAGAAAAAAGAAGAAUAUGAAUGUAGAAGAGAAGUGGGGGAAAAAAACUGUUGGUCAAAAACGCCGAAGUAUAUAUUUCAAUGUCAUCGACAAAUUUGCCUCGAAACGUGCCCGAUUGAAAAUGGCUGAAGAUCAAUCUUACACGAAGAAAAAAAUCAGUGAAACGGACGAGAGUGCAACUGUUUCUUCAUCAGGUGAACCAAUAUCUACUUCUGAUGAUAUAGAGGAUAACACGUCUCUAAAUCAAUCAUCGUGUUCCAAUGAAACAAAUUCUUCGUCGGAAAAUAAUUCAACGGUAAGUAGCGAAGCUUCUCUUGGUGUUCUUAUGUGCUUAGAUAAAUCAAUGACGAACGAUGUUGGACCAAGUAAAGCAUCUAGUGAAUUCACUUUUGGAACAAAUGUCGAUUAUCCACUGAAGAACUCCUUGUACCACUCACGCAACGAACCGAAUGUGACAAAUGAUCAAUUAUCAAAUGAUCCGUCUUCUCAGCACUCCCCCCAGCGGGAAACGAUUAUCGAUGGUUACACACUACGAUGGCCCAAAUUUCAAAUUCGAAGUGUACUAUUUCAAGGUCGAUCGUACUCAAUUAAUGAUACGUGUAACGUCGAUUCGGCAUUAUUUGCUCUUUAUUUCGUCUAUCGAACUGAUCUCGAUAUUGCCGAAGAACUUAUUAAUGCGCCGGAUAAAUCACCAUGCGCGACACUUUACAAAACUUUUCACUUGGUCGAAACAGAAGGGUGGGAUGUUGCUCGUAUUAAUUGGCUACUCACAUACAAUCGUUUGAAAACGUCGGAUCGGCAAACAAAGAGCAUGUUUGGCUCGUUGGAUGAAAACGUUUUCCGCUUUAUCAAAAGUGAACAACGUCACUCAAGCACAAUAAUAUGCUCGAGACCUGAAUGCAAAGAGAGAAAACGUACUGUUACAAGUACGGAAUUAUCUAUUCUGUCUUGUCACAAUAACAUUGAACAAUUCGAAGUCGAAGUUGUCGGGAAAUGUACAGCGAUGAUGAAGCGCCUCGACGAAGUGACGGUGGCAGAUGCUCAUCAAAAAAUGAAGAAAGGUCGAGUGUCAGUAGUUAAUGCUGAGACAAACAAGCAAGAAUAUGUGUAUGUAUAG